AUGGCAAACAACGACAUUAAUGCCACCACCAUCGGUGCGCAUGAACCGGCAUUAGUAGAAACCCUCCAGAAUUUGAUAUCGCCAGGGGACAAAGAAGGAUACCACGCCGAGAAGAGCGUCGCAACACAACCCGCGAUUGCCAUCGCGCCCGUAUCCGACAAUUCUCAAUCGACAGUAGACGGUCAGGACGCCGUAUUUACACCACCAGCUUCUGAUGAAUUCUCUUCGCAAAGUACCAAUCAAGAUGGAGGACCUUUAUCGCAACUCUCACAACUCUCACAAUUAGCUGCCGCACAACUACCCCUCGAAAGUACUACCCAUACAACACCGCCAAAAAUCAACAUCACUUUGAAUGCGAGUCAGAAGAGAACCGCAGAUGGUCAUGUAAAAUCGAAAGCGUCUAAUUCAACUUCACCCAGUCCGAAAGGCCCAUCAUCCGUUCGAAGCCAUACAAGAAAUACAAGCACAGUCAGCAAUGCAUCUUCGGUCGCAAGUAGAUUUGGAGAGCUAUCCUCCGAAUUAAGAACUCGUCUUUCCUAUGCAAUGGUUAAAGUUAAUAAUGGAUGGGAAUCGAAAUCAAUCAAUGAAGUUGAAACUAUUGCAUCACAAGCUGGAUCUCCAACAUCAUCGAAUUCAACUCUCAACAAUCGCAGAAACCUUCACACUUCUCCUAGAACAGCUAUAGCAAAUAUUCAGGGUCAAGGAUCUAGGGAUGUAUUUGGACCACGACCUACAGCCGAUUUCGACCUGUAUACACGAACAGAACCAUUAUCUCGCACCUAUGAAUCAUUUUGGCGUGACCAUUCUACCGCCAACGGGGCCCAAUCAUAUAGACACAACUUAUAUAGCUCUUCGUCACCACAAUCUAAGUCUCUCGCUCCUCCAGCUGAUAUACGACCAACUCCUCCUUCCAGAAGAUCAGACUCCAAAUUCUCAAAACUUCCAUCCAUCUCACGCCACUCGAAUUCGCAUCACUCAUUUAAUAAUUCUGCUCCUCAAACUCCCAGUGGGACUGCUCAUCGUCGCUCUGAGCAUACCAUAACCUCUGAACACAGACCAACAAGAGAGCAAGAGAAACGAGAGACUUUAGAACAAGAUGCAAUCGAAAUGUUGUUAUCCAUGGGCUCGCCAUCGAAUUCACAAACCAUUGGACCUAAUAUAACUCCUCCACAAUUGGCGAAAAAGAGCCCCAGGCAAAGCCCUCUUCGAACAGAGUUCGGGCAGAUGACUCAAAAUGGGAAGGUUAAAAUUGGACCCCAGAACCAACGCAGAGUGGAGUUCGCAGAAAGUGUUAGUAGUGGUGGAAGCGACAAUGGAUACCAAGCAGCAAGCCAUAGAAAAUCUACCAUGAGAAAUAACCUUCAAAGCAGACGAGUGACGGACAGGAUGUUGGAUGAAAUGGAUGAGAGUAGUGAUGAAGAAGUCGAAUUACCUUUACCACAGGGAAGACGUAUACCAGGGCGUGUCUAA